AUGUCUGCGCUUGGUAUGGGCCUGCUAGUCGGCACGUCCUUGAUUGUGAUUAUCCCCGAGGGAGUUGAGACGUUAUAUAGCUCUCGUGUGAAACCGAGUCAGCAGGGACAUGAAUCUGGGCACCGAAGGAGGGAUGUGCUAGAACAUGGUGUUGAGGUUCGAUGGAACCACAGGGCGGAAGUAGUAUCUGUUCCUCAAUCUAUGAAUGGACGUGGAAUUGAGGAUGAGGCGAAUUGGCGCCUGUCUAGACGGGAGGAGGCGGCUCCUGAAGCCGAAAAACCACAGCCUGACGCUCCUGUGGAUGGAGACGGCAGUGACGGCAAGGGGAAGAAGGAGGGCAAGAAGGGUGACGAGGACAAGAAUAAGCCGGAUGGACAUCAUGAUGAUGACGAGCAUGAGCAUGGCCAUAAGCAUGAACAUGAAGAUAGCGGGCCACAUGCUUGGAUUGGUGUCGGGCUUAUUGGUGGAUUUAUACUAAUGUAUUUGGUUGACAAGUUGCCGCAAUAUGCGUCUUCGUCUUCCAAGCAGCAACAGAGACCAUACCAUAUCUCACUGGAUAACCUGGGAUCGGGUAUAGGGCGAGGCAUAUCGCCUGCACGAACGAGUGGCAGCGGCUCACGAUCCGGCAGCAGCAGUGCGGGCAUGGCUACGACGGCUGGAUUGGUGAUACAUGCGGCGGCAGACGGCAUUGCACUAGGAGCAUCCACGUCCAACAUGAGCCUGAGCCUGAUCAUUUUUGUGGCGAUUAUGGUACAUAAGGCUCCUGCAUCCUUUGGCCUGACGUCUGUCUUGCUGAAGCAGGGUCAUACAACCAAGAGUGCCCGGGCACAUCUGCUGGUGUUCAGUCUUGCUGCGCCGGUGGGAGCGCUGUUGACGUGGAUUGUUGCACAUACCAUACUUGCAGGCCAUGCCAGUGACGAGCAGAGCACCCGGUGGAGGACAGGAAUGCUCCUGUUGUUCUCUGCCGGCACAUUUUUGUAUGUUGCCAUGCAUACGAUGCAGGAGAAUCCCCUCGAGCCAGCCCGUCGAGAGUCUCAUGCAAACGGCUAUGUCGAUGGGCGGGACCCACCGCAACGGCCUAAGCAGUCGAUGAGAGACCUCGUUGCGUCUGUCGUUGGGAUGGUGCUGCCGCUGUUCCUGCAAGUCGGCCAUGCCCAUUGA